AUCACGGGCCAGCUGCGUGCACUUGUAAAGUUGUUAUAACCCCCUCCUUGUUAUAAACAGGAAAGCGCAGAAUAUAAAGCAAGAGCCCCGCAUUCACAAACACCAGCUCCCCCGCGCCAGCUGCCAGACUCCCCUUUUAUGGUGAUCGCUUUCAACCAACUUCAGCCGCAUCAGAAAGACCUUGGCUUAUCCCCUGAGCUCUUCAACCGGUUUAUUUUGAAACGUGAAGACCAGGUACCCCACACGCUCUCCAGCUCCCCACACCCGGUGCGUUGGCAGGAGAAGCUGGGCGCCUGGAGGCCUCUCCCCUGGGUUCCCAGGGAGCCCUGGAGGUCGAGGCUUGCCCCCUCCAGGACACUAGGCCCCUAAGGGGGCCGCCAGACUCCUGCGGAUUUCCUGAGGAUUUCCCCCAAGGACGGUUUUUCUGCCCAGACUCCCAAACUUCUUAGACACGCCUCUGCCCCCAGCCCCCAAAUUUCUAAAAGCUUUCAAAGACCCCAGAAGACAUUUUAUGAGACUGUGCCCUAUCCAAAUCUUCUAUCAAUCGUGGGAGAAGAAAAGCCUUUAAGUGGGAGGCCGCGGAUUACGGGGUUCCCCCAGGCCGGCGGUAAAACUCAGCCUUGCGCCCCCGCCCCAAUCUGCACUUCUCCUUCCUGGCCCGCAGACCCCGCGCAGAGCCACCGCGGUCCACAUCCUGCCUCGCUGACUGUGUGUGCUUACAGCGUCAAGGGGUGGACGUGAUAUUUCAAACAUCAGAUCAGUGCGUUUAUAUAUUGGGUGCCCGGAAAUUUUUCCAAAUAAACACAGCUUGAUUCAACUUGGGUGGGCGGACUUAUCAACAGACUAAUUCUAUAAACAAAUGAAGGAAUAGCCCCGAAAGCGAUUGGCUGGUAUCAAAAAGACACGUGGAGGGAAAAGCUUGGAGUUUUUCAGCAAUGAAAUUUUAAUUAAUGUGGGUGGGCUGAGAACACAACGACUGUUUAUCAUAGACAAUUUAUUUUCCAGCGCUAAGUCAACAUAUAAUAGCAAACUUACAACAAUUAUUUAACAUUUUUAAAGCCAUGAAGAAGGGACAGAGUGCUGAGCGGCCGGGCAGAGCAGCAGAGCGGGAGGCGGACGCUCGGCGGGCUCCCCGGGAGGGCCCUUGCGGCGCGGGGCGCAGCGCCGGCUCCCGCUCGCCAUGAGCCACCUCUUCAGCCCGCGGCUGCCCGCUCUGGCCGCCUCGCCCAUGCUCUACCUGUACGGCCCCGACAGACCCGGGCUACCUCUGGCCUUCGCCCCCGCGGCCGCCCUGGCCGCCUCGGGCCGGGCCGAGCUCCCGCAGAAGCCGCCCUACAGCUACAUCGCGCUCAUCGCCAUGGCGAUCCAGGACGCGCCCGAGCAGAGGGUCACGCUGAGCGGCAUCUACCAGUUCAUCAUGGACCGCUUCCCCUUCUACCACGACAACCGGCAGGGCUGGCAGAACAGCAUCCGCCACAACCUCUCGCUCAACGAGUGCUUCGUCAAGGUGCCGCGCGAGAAGGGGCGGCCGGGCAAGGGCAGCUACUGGACCCUGGACCCGCGCUGCCUGGAUAUGUUCGAGAACGGCAACUACCGGCGCCGGAAGAGAAAGCCCAAGCCGGGCCCCGCGGCCCCCGCGGCCCCCGAGGCCAAGCGGGCCCGAGCCGAGACGCCCGAGCGCGGCGCAGAGGGGCGGCCCGAGGCGGAGGGCGGGGCAGGGCGCCCCGGCCCCGGGACGCCCCGCCGCGAGGGAGCCCCCGCGCGCCCCUCGCCCCUCCGGGAGGGCUCCUCGCCGCCGGCGCCCCCCUACCGGCCCGGGCCCGCGUCCCCUGAGGACAGCGCGGGCGACGCAGUCCAGGGCGCGGCGGCCGUGGCCGACGACCAGCCAGCGCGCACGGUGGAUGGCCCGCGGUCCUCCGCGCGCCCCGCCUCCCGCCGCUCCCCGAAGAGCUCCGACAAGUCCAGGAGCUUCAGCAUAGACAGCAUCCUGGCGGGGCGGCAGGGCCAGAAGCCGGCGGGAGCGGGUGAGCUCCUGGGGGGCGCCAAGCCGGGGCCCGGCGAGGGCGGGCCGGGCGCCUCGCUUCUGGCUGCAGCCUCCAGCCUGCGUCCCCCUUUCAACGCUUCCCUGAUGCUCGACCCGCACGUCCAGGGCGGCUUUUACCAGCUCGGGAUCCCCUUCCUCUCCUAUUUCCCCCUGCAGCUGCCGGACGCGGUGCUGCACUUCCAGUAGAGCGAACCGGCGCGGGGCUUUCCCCUGAGGUCUGGGCUCGUGAGCGACCCCGGCUCCUCCACUGGGGCAAGGAGUCACUUUUUUUUUUUUAAAAAAAGGAUCGUUUCCUCUGCCAACGUGUGGACCCUGGGAAGUGGUGCCGGCUUCUGUGCUCAGGUGGGAACGCUCGCCUGCCUGCUCCGUGGCGAGGCGGAUUUUCCCAGAAGUGAGGCUUCGGAGACUUACACAGACCUUGUCCACGGGGACUUGGGCAUCUCAGACCUCCUACCGCACAAGCAGCAUUCCUUAACCUUAGGUCAACCUAGUGGCCUGCCAUCUUCCCACCCACACAGGUCCUGUGUGUCCAGGGGGCUCGCCAGGGCCCAGAGAGCCCGAGGGCAGGGCCAUGGGACGCAUGUGGCUGUCUCAAUCUGACAGCCACGGUACCACCGUAGCCAGCUCGGUGGUGGCUGUGGCCCAGGCCUUGGCUUUGAGCCCUUGGGGGUGAUGAGUGUUCACGGUGAGGUUUGUCCCUGAAGUCUAUUUUCCAGGUUCUUUGGGAGAUCUAGGGCCUGAUGAGGAUUUGUGACCAAAGUCCAGGUGGAAGCGGAGAAAAAACACUUUUAUUUUAAAUAGAGAAUUUUUCUUUUAUUUUCUUCUAGACAGCAAAGGAGCAUGCUAUAUACUCAUGCUAAAGGCUUGGCGCUUUUCAUUAUAGCAAUUGCCCUGUGGAAGUUCUAUACUUAACAAACAACUUGUAUUAAGAAAGCAUAGUCUAUACAGUCCAGCAUCUUGUUGCAUUAUGAUAGCUCAUUAGUCAACACACAUGUUCUUCAAGGCAUGUUACAAACAUUUCUGGACAUCUUGUCUUUUGCUUUUGUUUUUAAGGAAUCAAAGGAUUUCAGGGACACCAGAAGUGUGUGAGGGGGAGAGAAGAUAUCUCAGACAAUGGAAGAUUUUUAUUUGCAUGUUUUUCAAGAUCUAGGUUUAAUUUUUUUUUUGGGGGGGGGGCUACAUUUUCCAGAAUUUUGUUGGGAAGAUCUACUUUUUACUCAAAAAGCUGGGUGAAGCACACACACAAAAGCAGAUAGAGAGCUGGGUUAUGCCGGGCAAAAUAAGGGAGUCUGCUGGUGUCUGCUGGAGGGCACCUCUCUGGACCCCAAAGGAUACGAGGCUUAAUGGGUGGAUUCUACCAGACACCCCCAGCCUGCAGCCCUGGUCCUUCCUUCAGGCCCCUACCAGGCAGGCCUAGAGCCUGCAGCUAAACAAACACCUUACAGAGGUGACUGGAAGUCUGGCAGGGUGGGGGGCAGGAAUUUAGGGUCUGCAAAAAAAGGUCUGGUUAAGAAAAUGGAGGUUUCACAGCCCAGUUCUGCCUGGAACUUUAGGGAAAUGCAUCUAACCUCUUACGGAAUCUCUUUGAGUUACCUUGGGUUCUGAAACUUGAUUUCCUGAAACUCCAAGUUACUUUAAUUUUAUCUGAUGUGGGAAAGGCACAAAAGUCUUGAGUUCUUGGAGAUAAGCUGAGAUAGGUCUUCAAAAUAACUUUUAAAAUAGUUUCCAGGACUUAACAUAAAAAUGAACACAAACUUUACAUCAAGAGAGCCUGUUGGUUAAGAUAUUGGAAAGGACAUUUUGGACAAGCAUAAAAAUCUAAUAAUUAGUAGGCACAGAGUUAACUUUCUGAGAAUUCAUUCUUUAAGCCAUGUGCUACUGACCCAUGAAUAUUUCCUGGUAGGGGAAACAUUUUACCCAGGCUGGUGGGAACACACUGGUGAGCUGAAGAGCGUCCUUGAUUUUAAGAACUUGGAUGAGACCCCAUUGUUGAGAUCCAGACUCACCGUAAGAAACUUAAAACGUGGUGCCAGGGCUGUCUCUGGAUAUUUUGUUAUCCCGAAGUCUCAGCCUCUGUGAAUAAAGUUGUUUUUUCAUUAA